AUGGACAGCCAUAGCGAUAGCCCACGAAAGAGGAUCCGUCUUUCCUUUGCGUGCAACUACUGCCGCUCAAAAAAGACCCGCUGCGAUGAGGAGCAGCCAUGUCGAAACUGUCGCCAAGCGGAUGUAGAAUGCAUCACCACUGACAAAAGACGCGCCGGGGCGCUCGUAUCUAGCAGACGACGCACCGUCACAGCUGAAUCGCCGUCCCAACAAGGAAAUCCCAGAACUCCAGAAUCUCAUCUUUCAGCAACAACUCCUUCUGCUAGUCAGGACCGCCCGCGACUAUGGAGUCAGUGUUGGGGGCGAGAAGGCUGGAAAACGGGUCGUCUGCCAAUCAUGCCGCGAUUUGUUGGAGCCAGCGCGGUGGAACUGAUGACUGAAUGGCUGGACAUGGCAUUCUAUCGUCUCAAGGGAUCAAAAACCCAUGCUCUAUCUCCGCUGGUCAAUCAGGACUUUGCAGCCAAUAUUCCCGAUAAAGCCCCUGGGUUGCCUUCGCCAGAGGAAGUGCAGGCUUAUAUGAAUAACUUCUCGGAUACGCUCGGUCAGCUCUUUCCAUUCCUCGAUCGGAAUAUUCCAGAAUUGUCAUUCAUGGCCGAAACGCUCGAAUCUAUGGCACGCCCAAGCCAGCUAUCAGGCGUACCACAACGCGCGCUGGUAUACUUGAUGAUCACGGCCGGGAUGAUGGCCAUGCCCGCAUCGGAAGGCUCACAAAGUCUAAUUUCGUCAUACAUUGCAUACUGCAAUUCAUUAUUGGGCCACAUAGUUGCCACGCGCUCCCUCAAAUCAGUGCAGGCUAUCCUUCUUUUUGCAAUGGUUCUUCGCAGCUGCGACAAGAUUGCCUGGGCUUGGGACAUUCUGACAAUGGGAGUAUCGAUGGCCCAGUCAAUCGGCAUCAAUCAAGUCAGAUCCCCGAGCUCGACACCCGCUGGUUCCAAUAACCAAGAUUUCAGAACAUGGUGGUGUAUGUAUGUCUUUGAGAAAAUCCUGGCAUUUGAACUUGGGCGUCCUUCGAUGGUGUGGGAUCGCGAUCUUUCGGGGACGCUAGCGGGGUCUGUUCCAAUAGAGGUGCAACAUGACUCGGAUCAACAAUUUUGGCAGGCAUCUAUCAGUCUCGCAAAUAUGCUUCAUGAGUUACAGGAAAGAUCUGCAAAGGCAUGGAGGCGGGAGGCUUGGCUGCCUCAAACGGUGGAACAGGCUAUUGAAGAGAAGCUCCAAACUGGAGGGGAGCUUCUGAUUCUACUCACUGAAUGGCAACAGAAUUUGGCAAAUGAUUUAAAAAUCCGGUCUACGGCCAUGCCAAGUUCCAGCAACGGGGCUCGAUCAGCGUUCCUUGCGUACUACUAUAAUCUUGGUGUGAUUCUAGUACACCGUUCAACUCUUCUAGUUGAUCCAAACGAACUGCGUGAAGUGGUCGAGAGGUUCGCCCCAGACAAGCCAUGGCGUCAACGCCUUCUCAGUGGACCUUCCAUGGUUACAGAAUCAGCUCGAGAAAUGAUCAGGCUUUUUGUUCCCCUCAUUGACUCAGGUAUUCCCAACUAUCUCACGUUGAUGACCUCUCCACUCGCUGCAGUGUACGCUCUCGCAGUUUCAAUCGUCCGCGAACAAAAGUCACUUCUUGUUCGAUCUGAUUUUGAGCUGAUGAAAGCUGGCAUGCAAAUCAGCCGACAACACUACCGGAAACAUGGUACAGUGAACAAUUUCGAUGAUAUCUUGCUUGACCUGGAAGAAUACAUCUCCCAUCUGCUCGAGGCCCCGAUACCAAACCAACUUGAAUUGACGAGUUUGAGCUCUGCAAAUCCAUUGAUUAAUGACUCUCCAAUAGACGACUCCAUGUCAUUUACGUCACUUGCAGCACAAUGGGGGCCAUCUGCUCUAGACUGGGCAGGUUGGGAUUGGAAUGAUUUGAGUCAUUUAUUUCAACAUAGUGAAUGA